UUGGAUGCACCACAGUAAUUGCAGAGGAGAGUUUCGGUUGGAUGGGCCUGAGAGGACAUGUUAUGGGUUUUUGUCGAGUGAAGGGGCCAUGGGGUGAGGGCUCAGGGAGCGAGACCCAUUUUUCUUUUCAAGUCCAGUUUGGACCAGUUUGUAUUUUUUCCCAGCUAACAAGUGAAUCUCUGUAAUGCAACAGUGGAUGCUUCUUAAGUUUUGAGUGCCUAAUGUGAUAUAAGUGAUCAGUGAUUGUUCAUCCUGAGCGUCAGACCGGGCUGUUCCUUCCUCUGUGGUGGUGGACUCUCGCAACUCCACAUUGCUCUCCUCUGGUUCCUCUUUUCUCUCGGCCUGUGUUCUCUCUCAACCGCCACCAUGAAUCUGUCCCUGGCCACGGCGUUCGCCAGGCGCUGGUGGAUGGCAGUGACGGCCAUCAUUGAGAAUCUGCUCUUCUCUGCCGUGCUGUUGGGAUGGGGAUCACUCCUCAUCAUGCUGAAGUCAGAGGGUUUCUACUCUUACCUUUGCAACGAGGAAGGCAACAGUUCCAUCUCCAAUCUGUCCCUUCCCCUUGCCACUUCGGCACCCGAUGACUAUGCUGAAUACUUUGAGACUGAGGCUGGUGUGGUUGGUCUGGGAGACGGGGUGGAGAUGAGGCCCCUGGUGCCUAUGGAUGGGCCCCUGAAAAUGAACGGCUGGCUGAUUUGUAAAGAACAGGAUGAGAUGCUGAACCUGGCGUUCACAGUGGGCUCCUUCCUGCUCUCGGCCAUCACCCUGCCCCUGGGGAUCGUCAUGGAUAAAUACGGGCCUCGCAAUCUCAGACUGCUGGGCAGCAUGUGUUUCGCAUUCUCCUGUCUACUCAUUGCUUAUGGAUCCUACAAUCCAAAUGAACUGUCGGUCCUUAUCUUCAUUGCCCUGACUUUCAAUGGCUUUGGGGGCAUGUGUAUGACCUUCACAUCUCUCACACUUCCUAACAUGUUUGGUGACCUCCGUUCCACCUUCAUCGCCCUGAUGAUUGGCUCCUAUGCCUCCUCUGCUGUCACCUUCCCUGGUGUCAAGGUUAUCUAUGACGUCGGCAUACCCUUCAUCACUAUCCUGGUGGUGUGGGCUGCCUGUGCUGGACUGGUCUUCUUGAACUGCUUCAUGAACUGGCCACUGGAGCCGUUCCCAUCACCAGAGGACAUGGACUACAAUGUGAAGAUUAAGUUCAGCUGGCUGGGCUUCGACCAUAAAAUCACAGGGAAGCAGUUCUACAAACAGGUGACCACCGUGGGCCGGCGUCUCAGCGUGAGCAACAGCAUCAAGCAGAAGGAACUGGCCAUAACUGACGGAAACAAGCUCUGCCUCUCUACCACGGACCUGGAACUGCAAAGCAAAGACGAGUCCCAGUCCUUCUUGAAAACCAUCACCAGCACGAUGUUCAUGCUCAGUCUGGUGACCAUGUGUGUCACUCAGCUCCGUCUCUUGUUCUACAUGGGAGCCAUGAACAGCGUCCUGGAGUCACUCAGUGAUGGAGACCUCAACACAGUGGGUCUGUACUCCUCCAUCUUCGGUAUUAUGCAGCUGCUUUGCCUGAUGACCACUCCUGUGAUUGGUCAGAUUAUGGACUGGAAGCUAAAGGAGUGCGAUGAAGGAGAGGACGAAAAGGAGCCCUGCAGCAACGGGGAGAAGACGAAAAAGCGAAGAGACAAAAAGACACAGAAGGUGACCAAUGCCCUGCGAGCUUUCGUCCUCACAAACGUCCUUCUAGUAGGGUUUGGGAUCACCAGUCUGAUACCCAAUCUCCCCGUGCAGAUUGUCUCAUUCGUUUUACACACUGUGGUGAGAGGAUUCAUUCACUCUGCUGUUGGUGGCCUCUAUGCUGCUGUGUACCCCUCCUCUCAGUUUGGCAGUCUAACGGGUAUGCAGUCCCUGGUCAGUGCUGUGUUUUCUUUACUGCAGCAACCCCUGUUUCUGUGGAUGAUGGGACCCCUGGAGGGAGACCCCUUCUGGGUCAACAUUGGACUCCUUGUUAUCAGCAUGCUGGGCUUCUUGCUGCCUCUCUACCUGAUGUGGUACAGACGGACGCUCCACAAAGAGCAGCUGCAGAGAGAGGGACAAACGCCAAGAUCUACUUAAGGAUCAACGGCAGCGACAUACCCGAGGCCUACGUCUAGAGAAAAGCAAAGGACAGCAGAUGAUUUUUUACUGAGAAACAUUUGCAGCCCAGUAAUACGUGCAUACAUUCACAUGCAAAAGGGCAACUACAAAUCUUAACUUCUAGAAUAUAAAAUGUCGACCAAUUGCAUAUUCUACAACAAGUACACAUACAAACAGACUGACAAAUCUGUUAUUCCCAUGAAGAUAAAGAGAUAAUGCAGUCGUCAAACUAACAAUUCAGUUGGACAGUCGCUUUGGAGGACAGUGAAACGUGGAGGGAAACAAGAGGAAAGACUGUGAAAGGAAAGAGGCAUAAGCCCUCUGUAUUCCCCCCAAUCCUCUGACUUUUCUUUUUAUUCCCUCUUCUCUGAGCGGCACAUUAGUGAAGCUCUGUUCCACAUAACAGUGGAACAUACAUACAUUUUCCAUGUAUGAGCGUUAUGAGAGUUUUUUUUAAGCUCCUGAAUACCCCCCUGUGACACCAACAAGACAGCUUGUUGUCACCAUUAUUUGUGAGUGACUCCAAUUUUAUGAAUCUUUUUUUUUUGUAUAUGUUGACUUUAAAUCAUCCUGAUUGUAAAUUCCAUAACCUGUCUUUUCAUCAGCUGGAUUUUUUGGAGAGAUGGUGUGAGAUAAGUGUGGACUAAAUGGCAUCAAUAAACGACUGCAUGGAGAGGUCGAUGUUUCUCGGGCGAAUACAAAAGAGACUCAUCAUUAAUGCAUCUAAUUAUAGUAAAACACUACUGUAGCUUAGAGUAUACUUGAGAAUAGGAGGAAUGUCAGUAUUUUAUGGGCUGUAUUCUGUAAGAAGGACUUUAAACAAACUGCGGUAUGUUUUGCUAAAUGCAAAAUGUUAUUGUAUGUUUAGAGUAUUUAUUUUAUUGCCUGCUUUAUUUAGUUUUCUUUUUCUAAGUCAAGUUUACCAGGAUGCCUUUUAAAUAAACGUCCAUGUAAGAGAGACGAACAUUUUUACACAUAUCAGUACAAAUAGUUUUCCAUUUCUUCUUUAGGUUUAUCAUUCAGAUGCCUUAUCUUGAGUCAGUAUUUCUACCUACUUUUCAGCACUUUAUACCUUGUUAACCUCUUUCAAUUCCACACAUCAUCUCAUUUCAGCACUUCUCUCAUGAUGCCUCUCUACAAAAAUAGUCCCUCCUCCUACCUUCACAUGUGUAUUUAUUUCAUUUUACACUCAUUUUUCCACAAUACAUUUCAUCAUGUAUUUAAAAUGUGCUGUGCAGGCUACAUGUCGGUAUGUCCCAUUCGGUGUUGUUGGCAUAGAGCUAGAUUAUGUAGAGAUGUUUGUUUUGCAGGUGUUCCUGUUUUAAAAUGGAAAAGCUGUGGGGGUUAAUAAAGAUGAGUUGAUAUCUUUU